AUAACUUAUAAUCUUUCCCUCUCGAUAUGUCUCAAAUAUGGUUGUUCACUUGAUCUCUGCUAUAUUCGCACGAACCCUAACCCUAAUCGUUAUCUUUCUUCCCUCUCUCAUUAACACAUCCCAAUUGGAUUACGACGCUCUAGUGUUCAGUCAAUGUGAUUCAUCAGACACAAAUAUCCUCCAAAAGACAACAACCACAAAAGAUCCAAAUUACUCUAAUCAUAAUUUCUUUCUUCGUGCACAAGCUCUUUAUUCUUUCUUACGCAAACUCGAGUCAGAAUCCUCUCGAGCGAAGUUCUUUAAGACUCUAGCUGGUAACGAAGAACAUGCGGUCUCGGGAUGGUUCCAAUGCAGAGAAGAUUAUCCGAGUGAGAUAUGUCAUAGAUGUGUUAGUGAGCUUCGUGAUAUUUCGUCUAGAUUGUGUGGAAAUGCUACGUCAGCUCGUAUUCAUCUCCGAGGAUGUCAAAUGGUGUACGAAAUCGAACUCGUCGAUGCCCCUACUGCUCAAGCUAAUAAUCAUCAUAACUACAAGUUACUGGAAACACCGGAACGCGGUCUCAUCCACAAGAUAUGUGACGGAGCUACGGCGGAGACGUUCGCCGGAUUCGAAGAGAUGAGAACGGAGGCACUCACUGCUGCCGAAACAGGAGUCGUUGACGGGCACGGGUUCUACGAGGAAAGCUACAAGCUCCUCCACGUUGUGGCUCAGUGCGACGGCCACGUUGAAGCCUGUGAUUGCGGCGAGUGCGUCAGUGCGGCCGCGGCAGCAGCGGCAGAAGAGUGUCCGUGGUCUAUCGCCGGCCAAAUAUACUUGGAAGGGUGCUACGUUGGGUAUACGUAUUACCCGCAUGAACAUCCCGGUGGAUCAUACCACGAGGAAGUGGGAAAAGCAAGCACGGGGAAGUCGUUGGCGAUAGUUGUAGGAGGAGUCGCGGCUUUGGUCUUCGUUGCUAUUUUCUUCUUGUUCCUCGAGAGCUUGCGUAGAAAAGGAGAUGAUUGUUGAAGGAGAAAAUCUACAUCGAAGAGAAGUUGGGAAAAUUUUGUGCUCCUUGUAUUUGUUAAAGGCAGCUUAAUAAAAAUUGGUUGUUACCAUUUACUUCACAAUGAAAGAUGUCAAAUUUGGUUGGAAAUAUAACAACAGCGUCAAUAGUGAGAUAGCAUAAUAAUGUAAA